GAAUUCAUAGGCUGGCUGCUCGUUCCUUGAUCCAAUCUCUGGAAAUGGAGCAUAGGGAAAAGAAAGAUGAGAGCUUAAGAGAAAAGGUGGUGGAGCUCAGCGUGCAGUCGGGAGUGAGCAGCUCUUUCACUGCUUUCCUUGCCGUCCACAAGGGCAGUGGACAGCCAGUGAAAGGACCGUUGGUGAGGGAUGCAAUACCAGCAUCAUAUCUAGAAUAUGAUGAAGAGUACGAUUCAGAUCCUGGACACCAAGGAAAGCCCUGUGAACUCUACAUACCAUCAAGUUGGCAUUCACCUGUAUGUGAAUAUUCAGUGAGGGCAUCCGCUUCACCACACUGUCCUGCCCAGAGGGAGCCCUACCUGGACCUGGUUUCUCUUCAGAAAGCGGCAGGGAACUGGGAUUUGGAGGCCAAACUCUUUGACGUGCUUGGCAAGACAGAACAGGAACUGGCCAAACAGAAGCCUCUACAGGUGGACAGUGCAGUGUGGGCCACUGUUCUGGCUCUGAUCUGGCUUCACGGCUUCAGGACACCUGAACAGGAAGAGUGGAAGUUCAUUGCUAUGAAAGCCACAUCCUGGAUCCGUUCUCAGAAAGUGGAGAACCUGUCUGAGUGUGUCCAGGCUGGAAAUGCUGUGCUGGGCUGUCGGGUGGAAGAAGAGCAUCUGACCUACAUCUGUCCACGACACUGCCAUUACUACCAUUAGGCUCACACUCCCAGACUCAUUCUUGUUGGAAGUAGUUUUAUCAGUAUUUACAGGGAUUUGAGUGACUCUGUACCUUAAUUAUAUCCAUUUAUUAAAACA